GCGAUGUUUUAUUUGUUAUUAUUUCGCAUCAAGGAUUGCAUCAUUCUUCAAUCCAGUAAGAAAUUGUCGUUGCACAAGAAUUACUGAAAAGAUAACAAGUAAAUGGGAUUGUUAUUUAAAUUAAAUACUUAAAAUAUACUUAAAAACUUACAAUAAUUUAUACUUAGUGUACUUGUAAAACUGUUUUAUCGUAACUAGACAAUAUUCGUUAAGUCGUAUGUAAACGUGAAUCAUCUUUUUGUGUUGGUUACAAAUUAAUACGUCAAACAAGUGGAUUUUAUUUCAAUCAUUUUAUUAAUUUUAAAUAAUAAUUAUUUUAAUAUUGAACUGAUAAAAAAAAUUUUCAUCGAUAAUUAAUCAAUAAAUCAAGGAAAUUAAUUAAAUAGAGAUGGCACCGAAGAACAAAGAAAACACAAAUAAUCGGAAGAAAAAACAAAGCGAAGAUGAUGAUGAUGAUGAUGAUGUUGAUUACCGUCGACGACGUGAUAGAAAUAAUCAGGCAGUAAAACGAUCACGAGUAAAAAGUAAAUUGAGAACACAGCAGACAUUAGAGCGUGUUAAUCAAUUAAAAACAGAAAAUGAAUUAUUAGAAGAAAAAAUAAAAAUGCUUUCUAAGGAAUUGGGCUUUUUAAAAGAUUUAUUUUUAGCACAUGCAGGCUCGAACUCAAAUCCCGCAAUAAAUCUUCAAGAUAUAGACAUAAAUGCGAUUUUAGCAAAUGAUUCAGAGGCUGAUCACAAGAGCAAUACGAAGGCUGAUACGUAAUGUUUAUGACAUUAAUUAUUAAUGAAAGAGCGUGAAAAUAAUUGAGUCUAUCUGCGAAUCAUGUUAUUCUGUGAUUCCGGUUAGAGAUAUGACUAUCUGUGCGGAAAGUUGUGCAUCUUGAAACGAUGCCAAUUUUGGUGAUGAGUUUGGCAUUGCGUGCUCUAAUUUUCUUACAUUAGAAUUCUAAAUCAUCAACAACAACAACAACAAACAAACAAUAUUAAUUGGAAUAAAAA